AUGACACACCCAGUAGUCCAGCCAUGUAUCGCCGAACUCCUUCGAACCGGGUAUCACCCACCCGAGCUUAUUCUACGCGUCGAGCGCGUGAUUGAGGUUCCCAUCAUACUCGCAUCGCGCCAAUUUAUAGGUGACACGGGACCUUCGGUAUCAUGCUCGUUAGCGGUACCAGGCUCGAGUGAAGAAGAGCGAAUCCCGACACGCAAGACAUAUCGCAUUUUCCUAAGCGAUGGAGAGCUGGUUAUCCAAGCGCUGUUAAAGCGGGAAUUGCACUACUUCGUGUCCACCGGUGAGGUUGUGCCGGGAGCGGUUCUUGGGCUGGAGAGAUUUGAAAUAAAGAAGGCGGAAAGGGUUUCUAGCGCUGAUGUCCAUGCGAAAGAUAAAAGUGAAAGCUUAGGCCAGAUUGUCUUCCUCGCGGUGGAGAGGUUUCGGGCGGUUGAUGGAAGACUCAGACCUGAACCAAAAAUUGGCGAGAUUCAAAUUGGAAUGCCAAUUCUAAAGGUAAAGAUGGUGGCCAAAAAAAGAGACAGAGAUGAGCUAGACGCCAGUGAGCCGUUGCGGCAAAAGAAUGCUAGGCUCCCUGAUCCUGAUCAAAAAUCCGACACUUCGAAAGAUACAUCUCCGCCACCAACAGCCCAAGUUCAGGACAGAAUUUGCAAAACCGAAGAAUUUUACGAGAGUAUCCUGGACGAUACAGAAAUGCUUGCUUCAGGCUUUCUUUUGGAAGACACACGCGAGCAAUCGCCGGGACUUAGCGCUAGGGCAUCGACUUGUGGAGCAGCUGAGGGUAUAAGGCCCCGGACUCCUGGAGCAGCAGACCUCACCAUGUUUCCUUUUGAAAGCACAUGGCUGCCCCCCACCAAAUCUCAGGCCAAAACACCCAAUGCCCACGCACAGCCUAUCCGAUCUUUGUCCAUUACUCGUCCCCUCAACCUCUUUCUUGUCCACGAGCUUCUCUAUCCGCUUCGUGCCCUUCCAAAACGCAACUAUAUUGUUGACGUCUUCGGCGUAGUAUCCUGGACCUCGCCCAACACCAUAACUCGCCGAAACAUGCCUCCCAAGCGCGAUCUACGCAUCGUAGAUUCAAGUUUCACCUCCCAUCCCCAGCGCAACCAGCACCCUAGUAAUACCAAGUUAGAACUCGGUAUAUCGGUGAGCGUGUUUGUUGAUGCGGAGCGAUUCUGUCCACCCGUUGGAACAGUGGCAUUAUUCAGGAGUCUGAAGACCCACGAGUGGGAAGGUAUAAGCUUGAAUGCGUACGAAAAGGAUUGCGGAGGCGGGAAAGAAUGGUUUAUUUGUGACAAACGGAAGCUCGAAGAUGCUGGAUACGAUGUUGUGGGGAUGAGGAAAUGGUGGGAGCAAUGGGAUACAGAGAGGAAGAAGAAGCUUGAAGAAGACAGGCGCCGCUUUGAAGAAGUAGAAGCAAAUAAACCCUCCUCAUAA